AUGUCCGAAUCCGACCGCUUGCUCGCUGACGGUCGCGCGCUCCAGCGUCGCGGUCUCCUGUCGUCCGCAGAGCUCAUCGACCUCCAGACGUCGCUCGCGUCGGCCACCUGUCCGUCCGACGCCGUCCGCGCGCGCGUGUCGUCGCUGCUCGUGCACGACCUGAACGCGACCGUCGACCGCGUGCGACAGCAGCGCAACGAGCGCGAACAGACGCCGGUCGGCGUCGCGGACGUCGCGGCCGCGGCCGCCGGGGGCGCAAUCGGCGCAUUGAGCGCCUACAUGUGGCCGCCGACCGCCGCGGCCCGACCGACGCUCUGGACCAGCGCCGUCGACGCGGCCGUCGCGACAGCGGCCGCCGCCAAACACCAGCGCCGCGUACAGCCGCUCCGGCUGCAGCUCGUGAGCGGCAACGCGGCCGCCUGUCGCCACGUCGUGCUCUGCAUCAGCGGCUUCAUGUCCGCGCGCGCGGACGCGACGCGCCAGUGGCGCGCGUGGACCGCCGACGACCGGCCGGACGUCGCCGUGUUUGUCGUGCAGUGGGCGGCCGGCGACGCCGCGGCGUGGGACGCGUUCGGCGGCCGCGUGGCGACGUCGUCGGCCGCGGAGCUGCUCGCGCACGUGGCCGGCAACCCGUGGCAUUGCGCGCAGGGUCAAGCCGAACAGGUGGGGGCGCUGCUCGCGCACGUGGCGGCCGCGCGGCCGGCGCUCUGGCGCGACCGGACGCUGUCGCUCUUGGGCCACUCGUUGGGUGGUGCGGUCGUCUACAGCGCACUGCAGGCGAUGGCCGCGUGGCGGCCGCCGCACAGCAGCGACAACGACCCAAUGCCGUGCGUUGCAAACGCCGUGAGCUUUGCCGGCGCGUUCGUCGUGCCGGAGGGCCGCGCGGCGCGCGACCGCGUGACCGCCGCGCUCGACCCGCGCGGCGGCACGUUCGUCAACGUGUAUUCGUCGCGCGACAGCGUUCUGUCACAGCUCUUUGGACUGCUGCAGCUGCAGCGACCGACCGCUGCAACGACUGCGGCCGGCGGUCGCCCGCUCGCGUUCGAUGCGCCCCACUGCGUGGACGUCGACGUGUCGGACCUCGUGGCGCCGUCGGUCGACAACCACUUUGGCCACAGCUACGCGCACGUGAUGGACGCGAUCCGCACGCGCGUCCGGCCGCACCUUUUCCACCUCUAA